AUGAAGGAUCUCAACCAGAUUUUCUCGAUCCAGAUCUUCUUCAUCAUCCUUAGAGAAACCCUAGAAACGGCCAUCAUCAUCUCGGUACUUCUCUCGUUCAUCAAUAAGAACAACCCUCAACCAGUGGAGGAGGAAGAGAAUGGAGAGGAUUCCGAGGAGGCGCUUGCCGAAAGGAGAGCCAAGGUUGCUCAUAUAAAGCUGGUCAAUAAGGGCCUUCGGCUUCAGGUUUGGCUCGGUGCUAUCUGUGGUUUACUUGUGUGUCUUGUCAUUGGCAUUGUCUUUAUCACAUUGUUCUACUUUGUGGAGAAGGAUCUUUGGUCGUACACGGAGAGACUCUGGGAGGGUAUCUUUUCGCUUCUUUCCAGUGUGCUUAUCACGGUGAUGGGCAUUGGGUUGCUUAGAAUCAAUAAGUUCAUGAAGGUCAAGUGGUGGGUCAAGCUUGGCGAUGCAUACGCUACUCAGCAGCCAAAUAUGCUUGAUAACAGUGACAUGACUGAAAUGGAUGACUUUGCCGGUGCCGGUGUGGGCUCUUCCGAGGACUCCGAUGCACUUUUGGGCAAUAACAAUGCUCCAGUGAAGAAGGAAGAGAAGGAUGGGUUUACCAGUAAAUACUACUUGGCCAUCUUGCCAUUUGUCACGACGCUUAGAGAAGGUCUUGAGGCUGUUGUGUUUGUUGGCGGUAUUGGUAUGUCUCAGCCAUUGUCGUCGCUUCCACUUGCAGUGUUGGCUGGUGUUGCUUGUGGUGCUGCUGUCGGUUACACCUUGUACAGAGGAGGCAACAAGCUUUCGCUUCAAUACUUCUUGAUCUGCUCUACAUGCUUCUUGUACGUUGUCAGUGCCGGUCUUAUGAGCCGAGGCGUGUGGUUCUUGGAGUUGGAGAGGUACGUCAGACUCUGCGGAGGUCUUGAUGUCAGUGAAACCGGUAGUGGUCCUGGCUCAUACGAUAUCAGCACGGCCAUCUGGCAUGUCAACUGCUGCAAUGGUCUUACGGAUGGCUGGUGGAUGGUUGCCAAUGCGUUGGUUGGAUGGACCAACACCGCUACGUACGGCAGUGUUUCGUCAUACUUGGCAUACUGGAUCCUCGUUUCGUUAUGGCUCAGAGCCAAGUUGUACGAGGAGAAGCACGGAAGAUUGCCAUUGAUCCCGGUGAAGUGGCAGAUGAAGAAGAUUAGAAAGAAGUUGAAGCUUUACGAGGCAAUGCAUACACAGCAGCAAUCGACGGCAGAAGGCGAACGCCAGGCUGAAGCCGCCGCUUACGUCGCAUAG